AUGUAGCGACCGUGACUUCCACCAAUCAAGUACUAGUGUAGUAUUUUCACACGCCCCCCUGCAGAUACUUGCUAAAUAAAAGCAUACAAGAGGAUUUAGUCUAAACAGCUUUUGGUUCCUUAAGAAGAUCAAGUGAGGCGUUUAGCUUCUGUCUGGAGUCGUUUGAAAUCGCCAUGUUGGUUUGAACGUCACAACUGAACACAACAAACCUGAGGCUGAGUUUGGGUUUAGACUUUGGACCGGAGGAUGAGCCAGACACGUAUCGGGCCAGUGAUCGACUACAGUGCUUGUGAUCACAUUUACGUGUCGGACGAUGAUGAUGUCACCAGCCCAUUUGUGGACACACCGAGCUUGUUCCGGAUGAGACACCGGAGCCGUCUGGAGAAGAUGGCCGAGUUCCAGCAAAGAGGAGAAGACCUGGAGAUCAACCUCACAGAAUGUAGCACACUGCUGGAGGAAACCCAGGGACGACUCCAAGAGCUGGAAGAUGCAAGCAGGAGCGUGGAGGAGAGAGAAGAGAUUGAGCUGACGAAACUUCGAGCGGGGGUGAGCAAACUGAAAACAGACAAAAAGAUGUUUGAGAAGAUGAUGGAGGAACACCGUCGCCAAGCGAAGAAGCUCCCCUGGAACGUAGACACCAUCAGCAAAGAGGGCUUCAGCAAGACUAUUGUCAACAUGAAGACAAAGGAGGAGACACAGGAGGAAAAAGCCGAGACGCACAAGACCUUUGAGGAGAAGUACGCCAUGGAAAUCAAACACUUUGGGAUGAUGCGGCGCUGGGAAGACAGCCAGAACUAUCUGUCAGAGAAUCCACAUCUGCUGUGUGAGGAGACAGCAAACUGUCUUGUGGUCAUAUGUAUUGACUAUGAGAUUGAUGAGAAAUAUGCUCUAAUGGAGCAGGUGGCCCACCAGGUCAUCGUCAUGCAGUCCAUCUUGGAUUUGGGCAGUGUGCUUCAAGUGGACCCGCGAGGCUGCUUCAGGCAGUUCUUCUCAAGGAUGAAGGACGCUGACAAGUCGAACCAGGAAGCGUUUGAGCAUGAGCUGGAGAUCCUGAAGGAGCGCGUCCGCAGCCGAGCGCAAAUGCGUAUGGAGGAGGCCAUGCAGGAACUGGAGGAGGAGGAGAAGCAGAAAAGAAUGGGACCGGGUGGUCUAGACCCUGUUGAGGUCUACAACUCGUUACCAAAGGACAUGCAGAGGAGCUUUGAUGAGAAGAACAUCGGGAUGCUCCACGAGGCCAUCAGCAAACUGCACCCUGAUGAGGGCAAGUAUCACCUUGCCAGGUGUGUCGAUUCUGGACUCUGGGUGCCUGAGGCAGGAGACGACGAAGAGGAUGAGGACUAAACAACAUGGCAGCAUGAUGAUUGUGUGGACUGACUUUUAACCUCUCGUAGUUUUCUAAUUAAUUGCUGGCGCCCUCCUCCCUUCCCACCCUUUCUCCUUCAUAAUUAAUUCUUGGGUUUGAUUUAGUGGUCUGUGCAGGAUUUUUCAGGCAAAGCUUCUUUGUGCAGUCACUUUCAGCAAAUAGAAAACAAUCAGUGCAGGUCCCUGAGCGUAAAUCAAAUUUAGAUAAUGGAAAAACCAACAGGAAUGUGUGUGUGUGUGUGUGUUGUCAGUUAGUUGAUGUGAUUGCGUUGCUGUCAUGUCACCCAGCAGGUUGUCUUCGAACUGUGGUUUGCAUUACAGAUAUUUUCAACAAUGCAAAAAUCUAAUCAUUGUGUGUAUUUAAUGUCUGUUAAA